CGGGCUGCCGCGCUGCGCCUGCGCACGGCCUCCCCCGCGAUGGGAGGUGAUUGCGCAUGCGGUCGUGUCUCCCGGGACUCGGGAGCAGGCGAGUCCCGGGCCGCUCCGGUAGGUUGGGCGUGCGCGGGUUUCUGCAGCUCUGGGGCGAGCUUGCACGUUACAUCACCGGUGCAUCUCUCCUUGCUUGGUUACGUUGCCACCACUUAGGCCUCCAUGGCAGAAAUCGCCGUAGACUCUUAAGGGCCUCGGAAUCGGGACGACCUUGGUGACUGAUUUGCACACUCCCGGCAGAUCUGCGUGCAGGAGUUGGACGCAGACGUGGGUUGUAGGAGGUUCCAUUUCCCCCAGCUUUGCAGCUACUGUGUGGCCGCGUUAGCGACUCAGAACGGUCAUCCCCAGCCUCGACUGCAAGCUGUGGGGCGAAAACUCAAAAGCAAUUACUCCUUUCUGGGGAGGCUUCCAGAGGAGCAAGAAUAGCGACAUGGUUCCACCUGCAGCCCUCUAGAGAUUGGUCCCUCUGUCUUCCCUUCACGGUGGUGGCCUUUUAACGUUCCUGUGUUAAGUGCCAAAAUGAGCGACCGCUAUCUAGAACAAAGGAUUAGUAUCAAAUUUUGCGUGAAAUUGAACAAGUCUGCAAGCGAGACCCACCAUCUUUUAAAAGAAGCCUUUGGGGAUGAAGUCAUGUCAAGGGCCAGAGUUUUUGACUGGCAUAAAAGGUUUAAAGAAGGGCGGGAAGAUGUUCGCGAUGAUGCCCGAAGUGGUCGUCCAGUCACCCACCGGACUGAUGAAAAUAUCCAGAAGGUCAGGGACUUGGUUUGUUCAAACAGGCAGUUAACGGUGAGAAUGAUGGCUGAAGAGUUAAAUUUAGAUAAAGAAACCGUUAGACUCAUUCUGAAAGAAAACCUGAAUAUGAGGAAAGUUUCUGAAAAAGUUAUAGCGGAUAUUUUGAAGGAUGAGCCUAAACCUCGAAAACUUGACUUUCGGUCUGAUCUUUCAAAGGAAACUGGGAGAAAUGGCUCACAUACGAGGAAAAAGGUGACAAGUUCUGAAACAUGGAGUCAUCUCCAGUGCGAAGCUGGUGGGGAAAUGCCUCUGCCUGUAUCUCAUCCCAAAAUCCACUGCCCUACCAGCCAGCUUCUGCAGGCUUCAUCUUCAACAAGCCUUCCCACCAGGGCAGCUCAGGAUUGGUUCACACCGUGGUGAAAGGAAUGUGCGGUGGCUGACCCUGAGCUGGAGAGCUGCCUCCCCGUUAUGCACCUUCAUUUGCUGCUCAUCUGUUUUCCGUCUUCUCUGCCACUCCUCCCUACAUGUCAUGGCCCUCCUAGGUACUCUUUGCUGGACUAUUGAGCGAUCUUCUUUGCUGUUCUCCACAACUUGGAAGAGCUUUUGGCUGUUGAGUUCUGGUACUUGCUUGUUCUUGAUUUCUUUUGCUUAACAAGUUUGGAUCUCUUCACUGCCCAGACCUUAGCUUGUUGUGGCUGUCCUGUUCCUUUGUUCUCAACAUUCUGCCUCCGGGGAUGGUACCAGUGCAAGGUGGGAACAGGACCUCCUGGAGUUUGUCUGUCUGUGCCCAGGGAGGCAUACUCUGCUGGGAGGACCCCAAAAGAAGGCCUACUGUUCCAACCUGCUUCACAGUCAGGGCCUGAGGUAUGGUACAGAAGGCAGUGGCAUGCUGACCUAGUGAGCAAUGCUCAGGGCCACUCCAGCCCAAGCGACUCAGUGGGAGCCCCUCAGAACUCAAGGGUUGGACACCCAUACUGAUCUUCUCACAGACCUGACCCUCACGGAAGAACAGGGUUUGCUUCCCUUUAGUCCUGUGCUUUGCACUCUACCCCCUCCACCCCCAUUUGGGUAUCCCCUCUGCUGGAACAGAAGGAUCUGGUCCUAGAAAAUACCAACCAGGGGACUUAGGCCCAGGCUGUGAUGUGUGAGGAGGAAGAGCAGGUGACACUCUAGACCUUGAAUUAAGGGAGUGUGCUGCCUCCGUGCUGAUUCUCAGACGGCAGCUUGUUUUUAGUAAGCAACACCAACGUUGUCAGGUGAUUUCUGAGCACCUGCAGUUUUUAAGAACACUGUUGGGCAUUGACAGUGUGAGGUUAUGAAGCGCGAUCAACAAGAUCACCCAGGGCUGGGCGGACUUCAUGGAUGAGGUGGUUCCUGAACUGGGUCCAUAAGGAAGAAUGAGACAAGGAGCUAGGAAGUUAGGGAAAGCGUCCCUGGCGGGUGGAACAGUAUGAGGCCUCGAACCUGCAACAAUAGGAAAAUGAUGGCAUUCUUGGCUGAAAUAGCAGAGUCUAAAGAGGAAGAUAAUGAUGUGGCACAAGAUGAACAAUUUGGGAUAAUUUGCUUCCUGUCCUCUGCCCCCAACUCUACGCCAGUAGUUUAUAAAUUGCUUCCCCUGUGUCUGUGGAUAGGUUUAUAAUAACACACUUAUUUGAUUAUUGAAUUUUCCCAUCAAACCCUCAAAACAGUCUCUACAAGUUCAAACUCUUUCAUCUCUUCCUUCCUCUGCCAGGAUUUAUGGAAUGGAACUUUUCCCAUGUGGGUUCCAAAUAAUACCACAUAGACUGGAAACAUCUCAGAAUGUCUGGUGGAGGUGUGGGGGUUCGGGGGGAUGGUUAGUAACAGCAUUUCACAGGAUUGGUCAAUAUCUGUGUUUUACCCAGGGAUUUUUACACAAAACAGCUCCUAUUAUUUAACUAGUAAGUUAGUAUACAGGCUCAACACUUAUUUAUUCAACACAGUUAUUUUUAAUUCUGUUCUUUCAUUGUCUCUAUCCCCUUCAAAAAAUUACGAGUUCCCCACUAAUACCUGUCAGUUUUGAGGCAUCCUGAAACCUAGACCUUAUCCUACAAAUAAAAGAUAAUUGUGCAAGAUCAUUCUUAAACCAGCAACAGCUUACAGACUUCUGCCUACUUAGUAAUUUCUAGACAUUAUAUUUCAGGACCAUUAUGUCUUCCUACAUCAGAAGAGACCCUGGGUUCCCCACAGGCACUUGCCACCAGGGACACUGCACUUCUGGAACAAAGCUGUCACGACUGGCUAUUGCAACUUUGUGGCUGAACCUCAUAUUAAUCCCUGCUCAGGCCCAGAGGUAAUUGUAGCCGAAUUGUGUGCUCCUGGGCCCAAGCCAGGAUCCCACAAAGUACCUAUAGGUAUUAUCUCCAACCUGAUUACAACACAGAGGUCCUGUGAGAAUUUACUGCUAGAUUUAUUCCUGUUCUGAACAGGGCUGAAGUGACCCUUCCAGAGAUGCUAGACCAAGACCAUGCUGGAGCGUAGGGUACCAGAAGCUGUGUUGGCCCAGACAGGGUUUGGACACAGAGCAACCAGAAGCAGGUAAUCAGGAGUGUGAAUUCAAAUUGUUCCAAGUAGCUAUAAUGAAAAGGAUGUCAUUUAUUAUCUUAGAUCACGUCCCAAUGGAGGUCAGGUCAAACUUAACUACUUGAAGUCGUUGCCCAUUUGCAUGACUUCCAAGAAAAUAUUCAAUAAGAUAGUAAAUGCUAAGAUGCCUCAUAUUUGGGGGAAGUAAAAUUACUGCCCUAACCCUUGUCCAGAGCAAACCAUUCAACAUGGCUGCUCAGCAUCAGUAAACCCCAGGCUGGAACAUGAUCUAGGCGUGUCUCCAGACAAGAGAGUUACAUGACAGGGCCCUUAUGUGCCCACCCACCAAAUCCAUUUUGUUGCUGAUAGAAAUUUGCCCUGGCCUGCACCUGCUCCCCAGGCCUCUUGAGCUCCUGAUCCUAUAGUCUCUGUGCUCUCCCCAUCAUCACGCACCAGGCUCUUGUCCUUGGCUUUUCUCAAACACCUCUCAGUUGAUUAUUUCUCCUUCAGUUUGCUCUCCCUCCUCUGCUUUCCUGGUGCUUUGUUUUCCGGUUCUGGACCCACCGCCCUCCAGCAGCUGCUUUUGGCCACUUUGGUGUGCUGAUCUGGAAUCGCCCUUUUGGUCAUGAUUUCCACGAACUUGCAGCUCCUCUCCCCUCUGAUUUUUGGCUGCCUCUUUCGGCUCCCCACUUCAGCCCUAUAGUCUUGAGUAAGGAAAUUGUCUGUGCCUGCCCUGGCCCCAGGUUGCCUUUCUGUCCUCAAGAAGCGGGGUGGGGUGACGUGGGGGAUCGUCUUCCUGUUUUUGUUUUUUAUAAGGGGCGUAGAAGGAAGAAAAAAGCUCCCUCCCACCCUUAGCCAGCAGGGGUUCCACUCCCCAGAGGCAACCAGUGUUAGUAGUUUCUUAAGGGGGCAGUUGGUUAGCUGUGGUGCUCAGGAGUCAUGAACGUUUUUCAGAGAUGUAAUAUCCAAAUCCCAUUCUCCCAGUGACUGUGUCUUCCCUGGCAGGAGAAGCUCCAGCUAACGGUAGGAGAGGAAGCCUGGCUCUGUAAGACCGGAGGAGAGCUGGCCAUCUCUAAACCUUGACCACAAUUCUCUGGCUCAACACAAUCAGUUAAUGACAGUCUUUGGCUUUUUGGCUGAUCUCCCUCUCUCUCCCCAUUCUGGUUCCAAAUCCACAUGGAAUGUUAUAUGCUGGAAGUCUAAAAGGAACAGACACCUUCCAGGGAGGAUCAUCCCAUCAUUGGUUUUAUCCAAUUCUUCCACCCAUCACCCCGCCCUACCUUAUUCCACCUGUCCCACUGGUAAUGAGCAAAUACAGAAAGAAAAUGUUCACCAAUCUUUGAUUUUGAAAAACGUGGAUAGUUUUGCAGUCUUCUGAAUUCUGCCCCUGGCUCUGAAUAUUCAUUGAAAUGUUGUUUGGGAAGAACACGUACCUGGGGCCUGCUUUCCAGAGCCUUCUUUUCAGAUUCGCUUCUUAGAAUUCACACUUGCCAUUGGAGAUGUCCCAGUAAGUCUGGAUGCUGAAUGACUUGAGGACAUCUAGUAAGGGAGCAGGGUACUGUUGGGGAACUGACUCUCACUGGAUCACAUAAACUGCCCAGCCAGCCUGCUGUUUGUAGACAUCAUUGCCAGCAAGUCUCACUAGGCUCCUUGGUAUUGGGUUUCACCAGGGUCCCAUGUGGCUCAAUUAGUAAGAGGUUCCUUUGCUGCUGGAACUGCAUAUAUAACCUGCGUUCUCUAAUGGCUUCUUGGUUAGAUCAGACCUCUCAGGUUUUACCAGGCUUUACAUCCUAUAUAAGGUAACCCUUGUGUAUUUAUCUUCUCUGGUCUCUGCCUUAUCAGAUCCUUGCAAACACUGUCCCAGUUGCAUCACCCUUCUCCCAGUAUUUAUAUCCAGAAACAAAAACCUACAGUUGGAAACUUCAGUACCUCCAAGAACCCGCUUUCUGUAAAGGAACUGUCUUGGGAUUUGUGGGCCAUAGAGUCUCUGUUGUAACUAUUCAACAUUUUAUUGCAAAGGCAGACAUAGCUAACGUGGAAACAGAUGAGCAUGGCUGUGUCCUAAUGAAACUUUAUUUGUGGAUACUGGAAUUUGAAUCUCAUAUAAUUUUCACAUGUCACAAAAUAUUUUGAUUUUUUUCCCAACCACUUAAAAAUGUAAAAAAGCAUUCUUAGACUUCUUAGCCUGCACACUGUAGAAAAACAGAUGUUGAGCCAGAUUUGGCCCAUGGACCAUAGUUUUCUGACCCCUGGUCUAGUGUAUAUAAAGUGUGUAUAUAAAAUGAUGGAUGAUUGACUGUUGAGCCAGCAGCAUCUGACAAUUGACUACAUAGAAAUUGUGCAAUAUUGAAGGGAAUGUUUCUGGUGCCAGGAGAGUGAACUAAAGCCGAAUGAUUGAUUAUUUUACCUUGACCAUAUUCUGGUUCACAAAAUGAGUUUUGUGCUGUCUUUGACUAAAAAUGAUAUUAGACAAACUACUACCUAUAUUAUGUCCUUGUAAUAUCUCAAAAAACAAUUUUGGCAAUACUGCAAAUGGUGCCAAGUUACAACUAGCAAUAAAGGAAUGAACUGAAGGUGGUUCCAAAUUGCCUUGACCAUGGGCAGCAUUUGAAAAGUUUAUGUUGUCACCUAUGAAAGUGACCAAACUCACUGAGUUAUAUUUUCUUUACAAGCAUGUAAAGAAAAAAAAAAUAUAUAUAUAUAUAAUUUGCAAAUUUUUCCAAGGGUAUGUCCUUUUAGGUGUUUUUACUUGUUUUUCCCCGAAAGACAACUGUAUUGUGUCACCUUUAUUUAAAUUGAUUUUCCGAAGUUGGAAUGGAAUCUCCAGAUUCAACAGACCUUUACAAGUGUGUUUAAUCCAGCCAGUCAUGUUUCCCUUGAAUCCAGGAGUGACUAAAUCCUACAGCUGCUGCAAAAAUGCAUCUAAAAGAAGAUUCUGUGUUAAUUCAACACAUUUUUAUUGAGUGGCUGUAUGUGCCAGGCACUGUCCUGUGUGCCGGGGUACAGCAAUGGACAAAACAGACAUAGGCCUUCAAUCUCACAGUCUGACAUCUAAUUAUAUUACUCUUUACUUUUGCAAAACUUCUGCUCCAUGUGCUUACACUAACUCAUUGUUAAUGCCAACCUGGAAAUAGGUCUGACCUUUGCCACAGGCCUCUGCGCUGUGGUCAUAACGCCUCUCCAACUGCAUUAAUAAUUUGAGGACUGUAUGUUCCACUUAAAUUUUAUUCUCCUUUAGACGGAUCUGUAUUGGUAGAGAAAUACACUGGCAAUGUUGGAAGUGUAAAUUGGCAACAGCUUUCUGAAAAGCAAUUUGGCAAUAUCUAUCAGGAGCUUUAAAAAUGUUUAUGUCUUCUGAUCCUCAAAUUCCACUUCUGGGAAUCUAUCCUAGAGAAAUAGUCUAAAAUAUGAGCAGAAUUUAUGCUGAACAAUCCAGAAGUCCAACAGUAGAAAAUCGGUGAAGUAAGUUAGAGUAUGACUAUGCAAUAGACUGUGAUGGAGUUGUCAUAGUUAAUGUUUGUGAAGAGUUAAAACAGCGUAGCAAAUGCUUAUGAUGUUAAGUGAAAAGAGUGAUGUACAAAAUUGUAUAUGUAAAUCCAAAAAUGUUUUUAAAAUGAUUAGAAAGGAUAUGCUAACUCUGGGUGGCUGGAUUAUGAGUGUUUUUUAAAUUGUCCUGUUUCUUAUCUUUUAAAGAAUAUUUCUCCAAAAUAUUAUUCCUUUUAUUAUCAGAGUAAAACAAGAGCUCCAAAAGUUGGCAAUGGAGAGAGUGAGGCCAAACCUGAGUUUGGUCAAUGAACAAUUAACUGGCUGGGACGACACAGAGGCUGUGUGAUAGAUACUGUGUUGAUAGCAGGAGUGGGACAAAAAGGAGAAGAGCCUUCCCCGAGGAGAAGGGCAUGCGGUCAGAAUUCCUACAAAAAACCGGAGUGGUAUGAGAAGGCGCCACGAGUGGCGUGCUCCUGUCGUGUAGUCCUAGGUAGGUAAAAGCUCAAGUGGAUCAAGUGUAUUCGGACAAACGGGAAACGCUAUGAAAUACUCUCCUAGGUAAAAUUAACCUCAUUUUUGCAUUCUCUCAUACAAAAUGAAUGUUCUCGAGAUGAAUUUUAUUGCAGCUGAUCCUUGAAGAAUAUUUGAGCCUUCCGUAUAGUUUCUUAGGAUAGGAAUGGCUUCCCGUGUUGCACGUCUACCUCCCCCCAUACUGGGACCCUCGGGCAACGUGGAGGCCCACGGGAGUCUUGGUAUUCCGCACGGAGCAUACCACACACUGAUCGUUAGUCAUCUUAAUGUUGUAACUGAUAAAACUCUAAGGAUUACGGAUGUUAUUUUGUUGCUGUCCAGGAUUACUAUGCUCUUUCUUUAUGUCUGAAGAGGAAUCACAUUAUGGGAUUUUAAAGUGAUAAAGGAUGUAGAUGUGUCUAUCCAUGGAUAAAAUUGUUGUUAUGUUGGGAAAAUGUGUCCUUCAUUGUUGCUUUAGCAAAAUGUUUGUCGUUACAGUGCCAAAUAUAGCUCCUUGGUAAAAUUUCAGACUUCCAAAUGAGCAUGCGAAGUGAAUACGUUUCCUAGGCACAGAGAUUAUAGGUGUGUCCAGCUGGAAGAGCUCCUCAAGACCGAAGUCUAGGUCUGUGUCUCUUGGUCUCUAGAAAGAACAAGAGGGAGACUGGGGUGUGAGUUCUGGCUCCUUAACGAACCAUGUGACUUUGGGCCGUUCAUUUGCACCCUCGGAGCACUUCAGUUUACUCACCUAUAAAAGGAAAAUAACGUCACCUA